AUGUUUUUCAAACGACGUCUUUCGAGCUACGACAAAGACGUUGAGUCACUCUUUUAUUAUUUUCCAAAAGAUUCCGUCCCAUUUGACUUUCUACUUUUAGUCGAAAAGAUGACGUUGAAACAGUUUUUAAAUGUUUUUAAACAACUUGGGAUAUACUUCUUCGAGGAGCCUGAAGUCUUUUCUGAGAACUCUCGGAAGAUGUGGUAUGUCAAAUAUGUCGUAUGGAAACUGACGAAGAAUAACCGCUUGUUGUUAGAAGCCCUUGUACUCAGAUUAAUUAAAGACGAACAACGCCCUUUACUCUUCGAAAUGCUUUACGACACCAGCAAAUUUCCACACCCUCAAAACAUCAGAGCGUUUCUUCAUACACUCUUCACGUGUCAGGAACAAAUAUUUAAUGACACGGAUGUCCUGAUGUAUAGUCAUGACGGUGACUUAAUUGGCAUGUCUGAGGAUGUCCAUUGGGAGUCGAUGUUUGAAGUUGGUGAGUUAUGCACAACCAUUUUUGUAAUACAGAGUACGACGUAUAUGACCCCUAAAGCUUUUUUGAGUAAAGUACUUGACCUGUAUAAUCGGCUUGAAGACGAGAAGAAUUGCAUUGACGAAAAGUUGUUACGACCGAAAAUCAAGCGGCUUGAAGACAUCGUUUUGACAUGGACGUCUUUUUUUAAAGACGAGACAGACGAGUCCGCAGAGUUCAAAAAGAGUGUGUUGGACUCCGUGAUCUUUACCAAAGAUUUGUUCAUUCCCGACGUUUUGAGAAAAAUUAAGAACAACUUGUUGUAUGUUCCCAAGAAGAAAAAUAGUAUAUUAAUGGGCUUCAUUAAAUGUACUAAAACAAACUUUCUUAUAGAACUUGACGUCGAGAAAAUGUAUCUUUGUAAAGACGCAAAAACAACGAAGAUAUAUAACAUAAAGUCCAAGUUCAUUGCUGAACAAAUAGUCAUGGUCGACCAAGAGUUACUUGGAGAUGUCAAACUCUGA